GGAAAGCGCCUAAUCAGUUUGGAGGGGGUUUAUAUAAAAACGUUUAUUGUGCUAUGUGCAACCCAUAUAGAGCUCUAGAAAUAACGAUUGAUAAGUGUCCAGGUAAUUCUAAUGAUGUAGAUCAUUGUGAUUUUUUCCCAAAAGUUUACUUCUAUGCCCCCUACAAGAAUCUCCAUUGUGGAAUCUGCAACGGCAUGGGGAUGGCUGUGAUGAAAGGGGAACAUGGUGGAAUUGAAGAAGAAGAAGAGAAGUUGGUAUCAAAUUCCCUUGUUUGGUAUCCUUUGCUGCGCAGUUUGUUUUCCGUCAGUGAUGAUUAUGAGGAUAUGGAAUUCAAUCCGCUGAUGAAUCCGAUCUGUUCAAGUGACCAAAUCUAUGACCCAUUCCAUGAAAUCUGCAGGAAUAUAACAUGUUUUCCCGGAAAAUAUUUAUCUCAUGGAGAAAAAUGCAUCCCGCUAUUUUCAGUUACCAAAAAUCUUCGAUAUAAUUUGGAUAUAGAAUUUAAGGGAAUUUCUAAGUACAAGAUAUCAGAGGAAAAUAUUCAAGAUUUAAUCACAGACUUGAUACCAUUCAGAAUUAAGAAAACCGUAAAACUAACGCAAAAUAUUUAUUUUAAUAUCUUCCGAAUGGAGUAUGUUGAAAGUGACGGAAAAUUCCAUGGAUGGAUGCACUCUACAAUUUUCAUCAAUGAAUCUGUUCAUAGACUGAAUACGGAAAGAUCACUCUUACGGUUUACUGAAACCAAUUUUGAACAUAUCUUCAAUGAUACCUUUAUUUUGUUUGAUUUGAAGAACAAAUAUUUAUCAAUAGGGAAGAAAAACAGCAACAUAACAGAACUAAGUGCGGAGAAAGAUAGAUAUUCAAAUUCAAAUUAUGGUUUAUCAUGGUAUCAUAUAUUUCAAUAUCGUGCGGUGCAUAUCACUAAUGCGUUAAUGUGCAAACAAGUGGAAUUCAAAUUUGAGGAAUAUGACUUUGAUAGCAUUCCAAACGUGGUGUUUUUAAAGAGCUCCGAUAUUUCUCUACCUGCUGUUAAUGCCGAUAUAUCGGAGAAUGGGACUCUCAGA